AUGAUGCAGGCAUUGGUGGCAAUCCUUGCAGUCGGAGUGGUGAGGUGUCAAGGACAAAGCUGCGACGAGGAGCCAUCCGGGUUGGCGGAGUUUCUCAGCCAAUGCCGUCAGGCAGCAGCUACCGCUGUGAGCAUGGCGUGGACUGGUGUACUUGUGCCGCAGGAAGACUCUCUGGCAGCUUGCGUGGCGAUGUCAGAGAACUUUGUGGGUACGGCGCUUGAAGGCACAGACUGCGACUUCUGCCCGAAGGCCUGUGCUGCGGCUCUGCUUUUGCAGGGCCUUGCAACAGAGCCUGGCGACACAGCAGGCUGUACUCAAACGCUCUUGCUGCUCAUUCGGGCGCAUGCUUUCGUCACUGACGAACCUGCCUGGGCCAUCGGUGCAGACGAUGCAGGUAGCCUUGCAGAGAUUGUUUUUGUACGGCGAGAACACUGUGCAGCAAUUCGCCGACAAGAGCUGAAACAACUUGUGCUCCCGCCUGCAACAGCCUCCUGGCCCCGAGGUACUGAGUCUGGCAGAUUUGUGGCAAACGACCAGGUGGCCAUCUUGGUUGCCGCCACGCCGAACCAGAUCCAUGCGUACCAGCCUUUCUUGAACCUCUGGCGGUGCUAUUCUCUGCGUCAUGGCUUCGCUUUCAUCUUGGAGACUGAUGACACAGAGGUGCGGCCUCCGCAUCAUCGCGCUCCUAAUUGGCUGCGCUGGUUCACAGCCAAGAAGUACCUCAGCUACUACAAGGCGCUGCUGGUUGUGGAUCCUGACCAGUUCGUGGUACCCGAAUGUUGGAAUGUGUCGAUCCCCGCUGUCCUCGGAGCAUGGGCUGGUGGCCUCUAUGGUUCUCCCGACGUAGCUACUCGCGAUUUCGGCCGUCCUCAGACUUUGAACAAUGGGGUCGUGUUGAUUCGUUCUUCGAGCCGCGGGCACUUCUUUCUGGAUCUUCUCCUGGAGAAGGCGGCCUGGAUGCAGAACAUCGAGAAGGACCAGGGAGCCUUCGACGAGACUGUGUUGGAAGUUCUUGGCAUGGAGGCAACAGCUCGAGGCGAAGAAGGCUACACUUCUGAAUGCGCACAAUAUGUGUGGCCAAAUGCGAAGGGUAAUCACGAGAUAGCCUUGUAUGCCCUUUGCUGGUGGCGAACAAGCGAGAGGUUGGCCGGACCCUUCGGUGCAAGACGAUCCAGGUUCUUCCGCUUUGCUGAUCCGGGCUUGGUGGAUGUGAACCAUGUCGUGGGUGCCCGAGGACUCUCCGAGCCAGCCGUCCUCCACCACUUUGCUGGCCGAUCCAAAGAUUGGGCAGCGAUCCGAGCUUCGGAACGACCUGUGACGGCUGUGGAGUUCCUGGAGGCAGACGAGUCUUCGAUCAUGUCGACGGACGAGCAACCGUCAAGCGGUGCGUGGCCGGGGGGCCGCCGGUGA